UACGAUAUUAACCGUUGGAUUAACAGAAGAGCUCUGCUCCGAAUAGAAUCUAGUUAAAGAGGCAAGAGAACCCUUCUUCUCUCCGCCGCCCGCUUCUCUCUGUGUUUAUUUCUUCUUAUCUCAUUUGCACUCUUCAUAGAGAAACGAACCUCAAUAAUCAAAUCUCAAGAUGAAUAGGGAGAAGUUGAUGAAGAUGGCCAACACUGUCCGCACUGGCGGAAAGGGUACAGUAAGAAGAAAGAAGAAGGCUGUGCACAAGACCAAUACAACUGAUGACAAGAAGCUCCAAAGCACCUUGAAGAGAAUUGGAGUUAACUCCAUUCCAGCAAUUGAAGAAGUUAACAUCUUUAAGGAUGAUGUUGUUAUUCAGUUCACCAACCCUAAGGUUCAAGCUUCAAUUGCUGCAAACACAUGGGUUGUUAGCGGUUCUCCUCAGACCAAAAAAUUGGAAGAUAUCCUUCCUCAGAUCCUCAGCCAACUCGGACCAGACAACAUGGACAAUCUGAGGAAGCUAGCAGAGCAGUUGAAGAAGCAACCUCCUGGUGAGGGUAAUGCCUCAGCAACCAUCCAAGAGGAGGAUGACGAUGAUGUCCCGGAACUUGUAGCUGGUGAGACAUUCGAAGCUGCUGCUGCUGAAGAGAAAGUAGCUGCUCCUGCUGCUUCUUCCUAGACAAAAGAGCACUUUGGUUUCUACAUCUCUUUAUAUAUGUUUGUUCUCUCCAUCCUUUUCUUUUGUAGUGUUUCCGACCAGAUUCUACUUUCCCAGAUAAUGAUGAUUUAAGGGUUUUUUUAUCUAAUUGAUUAUUUCA